GCGUAGGGCCGGCUGGUCCAGCCCGGCGCCGUGCGAGGGCGGGGGCGUGCCCCCUGUCAAGAGCCAUGCUUGGCAGGUCUGGGUACCGGGCGCUGCCGUUGGGGGACUUUGACCGUUUUCAGCAGUCGAGCUUCGGCUUCCUGGGCUCGCAGAAGGGCUGCUUGUCCCCGGAGCCGGGGGCCGAUGUGCCUCAGAGCUGGCCCUCCUGCCUCUGCCACGGCCUCAUUAGUUUCCUGGGGUUCUUGCUGCUACUGAUCACCUUCCCCGUUUCCGGCUGGUUUGCCCUGAAGAUCGUGCCCACCUAUGAGCGGAUGAUUGUGUUUCGCCUGGGCCGGAUCCGCACCCCUCAAGGGCCUGGCAUGGUUCUGCUCCUGCCCUUCAUUGACUCCUUUCAGAGGGUGGAUCUGAGGACGCGAGCCUUCAGUGUCCCUCCCUGCAAGCUGGCCUCUAAGGAUGGGGCUGUGUUGUCCGUGGGGGCCGACGUCCAGUUCCGCAUCUGGGACCCAGUGCUGUCGGUGAUGACUGUGAAGGACCUGAACACGGCCACGCGCAUGACGGCCCAGAAUGCCAUGACCAAGGCCCUGCUCAAGAGGCCUCUGCGGGAGAUCCAGAUGGAGAGGCUCAAGAUCAGCGACCAGCUGCUGCUGGAGAUCAACGAUGUGACCAGGGCCUGGGGGCUGGAGGUGGACCGUGUGGAGCUGGCGGUGGAGGCCGUGCUCCAGCCACCCCAGGACAGCCCGGCUGGGCCCAGCCUGGACAGCACCCUCCAGCAGCUGGCCCUCCACUUCCUGGGAGGAGGCAUGUCCUCAGUGGCAGGAGGUGCCCUGCCCCCGGGGCCAGCAGACACCUUGGAGAUGGUGAGCGAAGUUGAGCCGCCUGCCCCUCACGUUGGUGCUGGGCCCACCCCGAAGCAGCCUGUGGCCGAGGGGCUGCUGGCAGCCCUGCAGCCCUUCCUGUCUGAGGCCCUGGUCAACCAAGUCGGGGCCUGCUACCAGUUCAAUGUCACCCUGCCUGGUGGCACCCAGAGCACCUACUUCCUGGACCUCGCUACAGGGCAAGGGAGGGUGGGACACGGGGUGCCUGACGGCAUUCCUGAUGUGGUGGUGGAGAUGGCCGAGGCGGACCUGCGGGCCUUGUUGUGCAGAGAGCUGCGACCCCUGGGGGCUUACAUGAGCGGGCGGCUGAAGGUGAAGGGCGACCUGGCCGUGGCCAUGAAGCUGGAGGCUGUCCUCAGGGCCUUGAAGUAGCAGCCUUGGCUGACCAUCCAUAGCCCAGCCCCGAGCCUGACACCAAGUCAGGGGGAUGUCUUGGAAGAGGAGUCAUUGGCACUGCACCUCAGAGUAUUGAGGCCCUGAGAAGUUUCAGGCCCAGCCAGGAGCCAAUAAAUGGAGGCUGAGAGACACCGGAGCUGGGAGAGGCUGCGUCAGGCUGUCCUGUCCUCACCCACAGUGUUCCCUGGAUAAGCCUUUGCCCAUCCCAGGCCCCGGCCGAGCGCCCAGCCCUGAGCUGGGUACACGGCGUGAUGACAGGAGCCAGGCCUGUUCCGCUCUGCUGGCUACCUGACUGCAGAGGCAGGGCCCACAGAAACAGCCUGAUGGCAGCUGGUUUGGUCCCAGUGUGAGGUGGCAAAGCAUGUGGCCCAGGCUCCAAGCUCCAGAGGGGGCGUCAGAGAGGCUGGGAGAGGGAAAGGGAAGGCGGCCACCAAGAAGAGCGGGUUCUGGAGAUCGGGCUGGGCCUGCCUUCCUGAUCGCAGCUGAGGUCCGGCUAGUGGGGGGUGGGAGUGGGAAAGUAUGGGGCCUGCUCCUCCCCUGGCCCUGCUCCUGAAGGUGUCUUGACUCAUCUGCCAGCUCUGUCUUGCAUGCCUGGCGGGCUGGGGCCCAGGGCAGCAUGAAGGAGGGCCCUGCUGUUCCUAUGCUUCUUACCAGAGGUUUGAAAACCUCAAAUAAAUGUGGUGUUUACAAUGUA